AUGCCCGCCCCAAUUGAUAUUACCUCCCGGCCUCGCCCGCACCAGCCCAAAUCAAAUCUUACUAGUCAGCUUCGGGCUGCUGGGGAAGCUUAUGCAGGCUACACAAUGGAGCCUGUCGGGGCUCGAAGUGGAAGUAUUUCACAAAACAAUGCACUCGCUAUGUCUAGUAAAUUGCGGCGGGAAAGUAUGGUAAAUGGUGAUAUGGCACGAAGUUUAAUGGGUGGCGGAAUGAGCUGGGGAGGCGUUAGUGUUGGGAGUUGGAUACGCGAUGAUAUUAUCAUGGCUGGAACAUCACCCUUUACAUUCGGAUCCCCAUCAUUCCACUCUUCGUCAUACCUUCCAAAGCUCGAGGCCGAUUUCUGCCGGGAUUUCUCUUGCUGCGGCCUUCCGCUCCCAUCUCUCCAUGACCUUCUCAGGCAUUACGAGGAGCACCACGCCCAACAAUCUGGAACGCAACAGCAGCACCCGAGACCACAACAGCAAAAUGCUGCCGGAAUGACUAGCCCUAUCAGUGGAAUGGGUGGGAUUCAAUUAGGAUUGAUGCAACGGAUACAGCAGCGCCAGCAGGAGGAACAUGAUGCGAAAGAAGAAGACGAGGAGCAAGAUGGUGAAGUUGCCGGUGACAUGGAAAUGGAUGAUGACGAUAUGACUCCUCCACCUGCCCCGCUCACCCCCCAAAACCACAAUCAGCAUACUUCGUACCCCCCGACUCCUACCACCCACAGCCAGCCGUCUUACCAGAGCACUCCAAACCUCGUGCAUGCCCAGCCUUCAGGCCUUGGGCAGAAGCCAUCACAUUUCUCGCCGGAGUCUUCUGUACCCGGUACCCCGCAUGCCAUGGAUCAGCACGAAUAUGGCUUUCCACAAAAUAAUACUGUCCAGGGAAACCAGCAGAAUCUCCACAUUCCUACAACGGACUACUACGAGCUUGCCACCGGCAACAUUGAAUUAUGCAUCAAUGAGCCAGCCAAGACCCUCUUCAGCCCCGGGGGGGUUGCAAUGGGUGGUUACACCUCACAGUAUCAACACAUGAUUAGUGCUGCGAAUGGCAACAUCCUACCUCAAGAAGAUAAGCCUUUCAAGUGCCCAGUAAUUGGAUGCGAAAAGGCAUACAAGAACCAGAACGGGUUGAAGUAUCACAAAGCGCACGGACACGCUAAUCAGCAGCUCCAUGACAACGCUGAUGGAACUUUCUCGAUUCUCAACCCAGAAACAUCUACCCCCUACCCAGGCACUGUGGGCAUGGAGAAGCAAAAGCCCUACAGAUGCGAAUACUGCGGGAAACGUUACAAGAAUUUGAACGGCUUGAAGUACCACAGAUCCCACACCACCCAUGGGGGUUGA